AUGGCCGACGCAGCUCCACCAGCCGAUGCAGCCCCACCAGCAGAAGCCCCACCAGCAUCAACAGCAACUGCAGUAGCAGGAGGAGGUGCAGCACCAGCCGCAGCAGCCGGAGCACAAGGAGAUGCAUCAAUUGGAUUGGUUACUCAAACCUAUUCGAAUUAUGUCAAUGAUAUUCAAGCGGCUGUUGAAGGAUUGCGUCAGCGAGCUGUCGCUUUGCAAGCCGAUGUUCCAGCUCAAUUGCAACAACUUCAAUCACAAAUUGAACCACAAACUCAAGAAAUUGUCAAUUCGUUGAAAGACACUGAAGCACCAAUUAGUUUGGCGCCAGCACAAGUUGUUGAAUUGAUGGGAUGGUCGUCGAUUUUGUUGUUUGCAAUGGGAAUCGCCUCAAUUGUCAGCGCUUAUUUGCUCUCGCCAAUUCUCGGUGUUUUCCUCGGAAGAUUCGGUGCCGGUCUUUUGGCCUCAGUUAUCUUGCCAAUUUCAGCCGCUUAUUAUCUCCGCGAAGCUGACGGAAGCACCGCCGAAACCCGCUCUCAACUCUUAUAUUUGGCAAUUGCUCAAGGACUUCUCCUCGGACACGCUAUUGCUUAUACUUAUAUUGCUGGUCAACCACUUGGUUUCAUCACUCCACUCGUUAUUGCUUUUGCUUAUCCAUUGGUUGCUGGACAAGUUGGAAAUGCUCACGCACCACUUCUUGGAGGAAUUUUGGGAGCAUCAUUUGCUGCUCAAUUUGUUGUUGGUCUUGUAGGCGGAGCUCUUUCUGGUUCCUAUUUGUUGCUUGCUCUUCUUUACACCGCAGCCGCAGCUAUCACUCUCCAAAUUGCAUUCAAAAACUUGCAAGCUCCACAAAAGGUAACAACCCAAUUAACCCUAAUCCCCCUAAUAACUCUCUAAUUUUUCCAGCUUCACCUCUACCAAAUCUUGCUUGUCGGAAGUUUCUUGUUCUCGAAAGCCCUUGUCUACGGACUUUUGGGAGGUGCCGCUCCAGUCGAAGGAGCACAAGCCAAACCAGCCCAACAUUGA